UCUGAGGGAUUCAUCCCGGUAGAUGCCGAGCAGCCUGAGCUCUGCUGCAUCUGUCACAGCAGAACAAAAUAAAAACAAAAACAAAAAACAAAAACCAGAAGAGGAGAAAUGCUGCAGACUAUGGAACGCUGUAGGACUUUCUGAAACAUUUGCUGGGGAUUCCCGUGGAGCAUGAUCUUUUAAAACCAAUUCUUUUUGAAGCCUGUUUGGGUAACUGGGAAAAUGACAAAUAUGCUAAAUGCAGCAGCUGAUCGGGUGAAAUGGACCAGAUCGAGUGCUGCUAAAAGGGCUGCCUGCCUGGUGGCUGCCGCAUAUGCUCUGAAAACGCUCUAUCCCAUCAUUGGCAAGCGUUUAAAGCAAUCUCGCCACAGGAAGAAAAAAGAAGCAGUUUAUCCGGCCGCAGAGAACAGAGAAAUACUGCAUUGCACCGAGAACACUUGUAAAAAACCUUGUCCUGGAGUGAAUGCAGAUUUUUUCAAACAGCUACUAGAACUUCGGAAAAUUCUCUUUCCAAAACUUGUGACCACUGAAACAGGCUGGCUCUGCCUCCACUCGGUGGCUCUAAUCUCAAGAACCUUUCUGUCUAUCUAUGUGGCUGGUCUGGAUGGAAAAAUCGUGAAAAGCAUUGUGGAAAAGAAGCCUCGGACUUUCAUCAUCAAAUUAACUAAGUGGCUUAUGAUUGCCAUCCCUGCCACCUUUGUUAACAGUGCAAUCAGGUACCUGGAGUGCAAAUUGGCGUUGGCCUUCAGAACUCGCCUGGUGGACCAUGCCUAUGAAACCUAUUUUACAAAUCAGACUUAUUAUAAGGUGAUCAAUAUGGAUGGGAGGCUGGCAAACCCUGACCAGUCUCUUACUGAGGAUAUUAUGAUGUUCUCCCAGUCUGUGGCUCACUUAUAUUCCAAUCUGACCAAACCUAUUUUAGAUGUAAUCCUGACCUCCUAUACGCUGAUCCAGACUGCUACCUCCCGAGGAGCGAGCCCAAUUGGGCCCACCUUAUUAGCAGGACUUGUGGUAUAUGCCACCGCUAAAGUUUUGAAAGCCUGCUCUCCCAAAUUUGGUAAAUUGGUGGCUGAAGAAGCUCACAGAAAAGGCUAUUUGCGGUAUGUGCACUCCAGAAUUAUAGCCAAUGUUGAAGAAAUUGCCUUUUACAGAGGACAUAAGGUAGAAAUGAAGCAACUCCAGAAAAGUUACAAAGCUUUAGCAGAUCAGAUGAACCUCAUUUUAUCCAAACGCUUGUGGUACAUCAUGAUAGAGCAAUUCUUGAUGAAGUAUGUUUGGAGCAGCAGUGGACUAAUUAUGGUGGCUGUGCCUAUUAUCACUGCAACUGGCUUUGCAGAUGGUGAUCUAGAAGAUGGCCAAAAGCAAGCUAUGGUUAGUGAACGGACAGAAGCCUUUACCACCGCUCGAAAUUUAUUGGCCUCUGGAGCCGAUGCUAUUGAACGGAUCAUGUCUUCCUACAAAGAGAUCACAGAAUUAGCGGGCUAUACUGCUCGAGUGUACAAUAUGUUUUGGGUCUUUGAUGAAGUGAAAAGAGGCAUUUAUAAGAGAGCUACUCUCAUGCAAGAGUCUGAAAGCCACAGCAAGAAUGGAGCUGACGUAGAAUUACCCCUCAGUGACGCACUGGAGAUCAAAGGAAGAGUUAUUGAUGUGGAUCAUGGAAUUAUUUGUGAGAAUGUUCCCAUAAUAACACCAACGGGAGAAGUGGUGGCUUCCAGGCUAAACUUCAAAGUACAAGAAGGAAUGCAUCUUUUGAUAACUGGUCCUAAUGGUUGUGGGAAAAGUUCUCUCUUCAGAAUUUUAAGUGGGCUCUGGCCUGUGUAUGAAGGAGUCCUCUAUAAACCACCUCCCCAACAUAUGUUCUAUAUUCCACAAAGGCCAUACAUGUCUCUUGGAAGUCUUCGUGAUCAAGUCAUCUAUCCUGAUUCAGUGGAUGACAUGCAUGAUAAAGGCUAUACAGACCACGAUCUGGAAUGUAUUCUACACAAUGUCCACCUCUAUCACAUAGUUCAAAGAGAAGGAGGAUGGGAUGCUGUUAUGGACUGGAAAGAUGUUCUGUCAGGAGGGGAAAAGCAAAGAAUGGGCAUGGCUCGCAUGUUUUAUCACAGACCAAAAUACGCAUUGCUGGAUGAAUGUACCAGUGCUGUCAGCAUUGAUGUUGAAGGAAAGAUAUUUCAGGCUGCAAAAGGAGCUGGAAUUUCCUUACUAUCUAUAACACACAGGCCUUCUCUGUGGAAAUACCACACUCAUUUAUUACAGUUUGAUGGCGAAGGAGGUUGGCGCUUUGAACAAUUGGAUACUGCUAUCCGUUUAACACUGAGUGAAGAAAAACAAAAGCUAGAAGCUCAGCUAGCUGGAAUUCCCAAAAUGCAACAGAGACUCAAUGAACUAUGUAAAAUUUUGGGAGAAGACUCAGUGCUGAAAACAAUAACAAAUGAAGAUGAGACAUCCUAAUUUGUUUUGACAUGUUUUAAAAGUUACUUUUUAGGUAAAGACUCAAAGACAGUCUGUUACAGUGCAUGCAUUGUGUUUAAGCUAAGCACAAAGAAAAUAAGGAAGUAAGAAGUGUUUUAUAAAAUUUUAGCAUCAAGGAAAUAUAUGAUCUGACUUUUCAGAAGAAAAUAAACAGAUGCGUUAUGUGAGAUUAGUCAUUUUGGCUUAUACUAAUUCUUAGUGAAGGCAUAAUUCACCUGUCAAACAGGAUUUUCUAGGUGAAUUUAUGAAGAAUACCAGAUUUACCAUGUGUAUGUGAUGUGCCUGAAGUUCUUAACAAACAUGGAAGAUAUCUUGAGGAUGGAACAACUUAAGAACAGUAUAUGGUUUGAAACCAGGUGCAUAAAAUUAGAAGUUUGAGUAACAUUUCAGUCCACUUAUGGUUAUUCGGUUUAAUAGGUAGAAUUCAUGUUCAUCAUUACUCGUGAUCAACGAAACCCUGUAUACAAAAUAGCUGACAGCUUAAUAAAUAAUUUCAAUAUGAAAAAAAUUAUUUUAAUGGCAGUGGUUGAAAGAAAGAAGCAUGGCUAAAGAUGUAUAAAAUGCCAUAUUUUUAAAUUUUAGAUUUUGAACAUCUUACUAUGAGCACAUAACAAAUUAGUUUUAAUGAGAAUCUUACAUAUUUGUUAAUAAACUCAUUCAUUUUAAGAAGCGAAUUGCCAAUACAGAAAAGGAGUAUCCAAACAAUGUAUGUCUCAGCCUGUUACUUUGCUUGGCAGCAUUAUUUACUGCAACUUCUGUCCAGAAAUACUCAGCUUGUUUUUGUGCUCAAAGGAGGAGUCCACCACAUUUUUAAAUAGCAGUGCUAUAAUAGAAUAUAGGGAUUCUCAAAAUCACAGUAGUAAUAAUGUACAAUGAAAAAGCACUUUAUAAUUUACAAUCCUCAUUUAUAUAAUUUCAUUUUAAUUCUUAUGGCAAUCUUUUGAGGGAACUAUUAUUUACCUCACUCGCUUUUGAGAAAAUUGACACUCAGACUUGCCUUAAUUAUGCAAUUUAUUUAGGGACAGAUCCAAGGAUCAAAUGAAGUUCUCCUGAUUCCUUGAUCCAGUGCUAUUUCUACUUUCCACUAUCAUCCUCGAAAUCUAACUGGGCUAUAACUUCAAUAUAAGUUAGAUGAGAUGUUGAAAAGAAAAUAGAUUUGGUAAUGUUAGUGGUAUUAUUAUUUGGUUAUUGUUUACAAGAUGUGGAAAUUAAAUACAAAGUGGAAAGAAAGGUCACUGGGCUGUGGUUUAAAAUGAGCCAAGAAAAAUAAAUAAAUAAAUAAAUAAAAUUAAAAAAUUAAAAAAAUAAAAUGAGCCAAGAAAGUUAUCAAAUUUUUCAGCAACUAUGCACUCAUACUCAAUAUUAACGUAUCUCUACAGCCAGCAAUCAGAGGGGAAAUUCAUUGUGUUAUAGGUAAAUUUAAUAUUUAGUGAACAUAAUGAGAAAGAAUCUGCAUGGAAUAGUCCAUACAAAAUAAAUCUUACCUAUUCGUGUGCCCUGACAUUGGAAGUGCACAAGCCAGACCUGGCAUUUUAAUCUCCUACUGCCAAUGCCAUCAUGUUGAUAGGCCAGGAAAAAUGAGAAUGAUCGGUUGUUAGUGGUUUGGGGAUUUAUUUACAUAUUUAGACACAACCGUAAUCAAUGCUAUGUCAGUGAUUCCCAGACUUUCUCAGGUGGUAGAGUACCUGGAAGUCAUUCAUGAUGACUGUAGUUGAACAGCAUGACAUUUUCACAUUCUCAAUUCUGCCAUGCUAAUUAAGACAUUGUUAGUUAUGGAUAAAUGUAACCAUCUCAUAUGAAGGAAUGCAGUAUAAAAUCAUAAUCAGUACAACUGUCUAGGUUUUUCUGUUAGUAUCUUUAGGUAUUCAUAUCCUUUUGUCAGGUACUGCUACUUCCUAUUAGAAAAGUGAGGCAGGUAUCAAAGGUUUAAAAAAAUUCACAGAGCCAAAACUUAAAUUUGAUAACAAUCAUCCAUUAAUCUUAACUUCUGUAUUAGCAGUUAUUCAGUUUCUACUGCUGUAGGGAACAGUCUGAGGCAAGUGUUUUAACUUUUCAAGGUACAAGAAGAAAAUGAAAAGUCCUCAUUUGAAACGUGCAUAAUUUCCAUGCCUUAAUUCACAAUUGAAAAAUAAAGCAUUUAGGACAUGAUAUAUUGUGUUUUGAAACCUAGAAAUGAAUGCCAAAACAAAUAUUAGAUUUGUAAUUAUCCCUUAUUUGAUACAUUCUACCAGUGAGCUGAAGUAAAUAGGAUUCAUUAUUUAUAAUGUACAGGAUUCGAGGAUGUUUAAAAUUCUGUACUAACACUGCACACACUGUAAUUUAAAUGUUACAGUUCUAAGAAAAACAUGUUUUACAUGAGCUUUUUUGUGCCUAUUUAUUUUCUGAAUUUUCAUCACGGACAAAUAUCCUUUAACUUGGAGGGGAAAAAAAUCUGUGAUUUGAAUUUGUUUUGAUGUACCAUUUAACUAAUUCCAAAAUGGUCCAAUGAGUAUACCAUAUUUUACAAUUCUUAUAUUUUACAAAAAAAUGUGAACAAGAUUGAGAAAUUAAAGAGGGUGGAUGUGGAAAGGAAAAAGAAAAUAAUUUCAAUUUUCAAAGUACUUUUACCAUGUAUUUACCAUCUAUUUGCGCAAAUUUUUGACUUCUGGGAUUUGGGUGUUUUGUCAAAGAAAGCUGUAAGUUUAAUGGAGCUUAGAUUUGUAAAUGGGCAUUUUUGGCUAACUUUUGAACUUGGAAAAUAAGUUGCAUUCCAUGAAAAUGUUGCAUUUUAUUUCUCCAUCAUGUAGUGUUAGGCCAAGCAUGAGUCUAAAAUAGUGUGUGUUCUGGUAAACACAAUAAUGUUUAAAAAAUCCCUCUCCACGAAUCUCAAGGAAAAUGAUAUAUCCUGAUAUUCAACUCAAGUUUACAUUUGUUUAUAAUAGGAAUGGUUUUCCCUUGACAGUAAUUUGGGUUUUGUGUCAAACUUUGCUCUACCAGUAAAGGUAUAAAUGAAUAUGUUAGUUUUUUAUUUGAGACAUUGGCCCCAAGUAUAAUUUCAUAUUUGGCAAUAGGCUUAGCCUAUUAAAAUCUGUUUGGAAUAAUUUUUUGAUUCCAUAAGCCUAGAAAAAUUUGUUACACACUGGAACCUAGAUUGGAGAAUGUUAUACACUUCUGAGAUGCACAGAAAAUGGUAAUGAUUAUUAAAUCAUUGAUUAAAAGAGAUGACUUUGAUAGAAUUACUUUAUGGGCAAAUAGUAUUCUCAUUUAGAAAUGUACAGUACUUUCAUAUAACCCAGGGUAUUGACAUUUCUGCCGAUAUACCUUUAGGUAUGUCAAAUAUGUUUUAGAGUUGUACUUGUCAUGUUUGCCACAUGAGAACUUUCAGAUGGAUGUAUAAAAUAUUUUUAUUAAAAGCAAAUCCCUUCUUC